AUGGCUUAUGCAGACCCUCAAAAGCAGUACGCUGAUGCGGUCAUAGAAGUGCUUCCAACGCAGCUCAUUCCAGAUGACAAUGAAGGCAAAGUGUUGAGAGUGAGACUGAUUAUGAAGGAAGGUGUUAAGUACUUCAGCCCGGUUUACCUUUUCGAUGAAGCUUCAACCAUCUCGUGGAUCCCUUGUGGUCGCAAACUCACCUGCUCGUACCCUGGCAUCAAGUUCUACUACGAACCUGAUACCUACUUCGACCAUGAGGUUUCAGUUUUGGAAAUGGAUGGGAAAUUCGAUAGACUAGACGAGAUUAUAUAUGUGGAGAGCCAUCUGAGCAAUCUCUCGACCAAAUUCUACGGUGAAGUCACUCAGCAGAUGCUUAAACAUGCUGACUUCCCUGGUAGCAACAACGGGACUGGUCUUUUCCAGACCAUUGUUGGAUUGAAGAUCAGAGAUCUCUAUGAGCAGCUCAUUGCCAACAAAGCCACUGCUCCUGCAGAAGCUGCUAAAGCCUAA